CUGAAUAUUUAGGUUUAGAAAUAGACAAAUGAAUGCACAGAUCUGUUUAAAUCAUGACAGACUGGAAAUGCUGUUAUGUAAUGUUAGUCAGCUGUGAUCAUAUGUUGUCAUCUUAGUAUCAUCAACUGUUUGGUUUCGGAAAUUUUUCUGUUUCGAGAUUACAUUUUGUAUAGAACGACUCAUUUGGUUAUUACGCUCUCACAAACAUCUCUAAACAUAUUUUCAACAAAUGGACCUUACUCAUUGCUUUUACGGAUAAUUCAUAUUCUACGUGAUAACUUACACCAAUCAAUUCAACAACAAAUAAUUAUGGAAAGUUUAGAACGACUGUCGAUCAAAUAUUUACAACUGAUAAUAUCAAUUUAUGACUCAGGUUGUUUUAAAUGAUGAUAAAAGUCCAGCACCUUAUUCAUCUCACAGAAUCUAUAUAUUUCCAUCAAUCUUAUUCAACAUUACAUGGCUGGUAGAUAUCAAUAACAAAUCAAAUCGUGCUGUGAUGAAAAGAAAAGGAGUGAUCUUCGAUGUGGAAAUCCUUAUUUUGGAUACGUGGACCAAUUUAUACACACUACUAUUCGAUAAGACAUUGAGAAAUGAACCUAUACCUCGACCUCUUGAUUGGGACGAAUUGGAAAAAAUAAAUGAUGUAGAAAGCGGAAUGGCUUAUUUCAGACAAAAUGAAAAGUUACUACAGACCACAAUAAAUAACAUUAUUCAGAAUGAAUCUAAAAGACUUAAAGCGAUCCAAAAAUACAUGAGGUGUAAAAAUAAACAACAACAUGAAGAAUCCUUCAGUUUAUUUCUCAAAGAAAUGAAUAAACAGUUUGAAAAUGAGAAUUUAAUGUCAUUUCCUGAUUAUUCAACUCUGAAGGGCUGCUUCAUAAAACAAGAAAAGAUUUUAGAAAGACAGAAGUCUAAUAACAAAAAUAAAGUUUGCGAACUACCUGAGACAUUCUAUGAACAAGAUAUUCAGGAUCUGAAUCAGUUAAUUUCUAAGAAAUACGAUAUUUUGUGGAGAUGGAACAAAGCAUUAUUUAACUACGAAUUCGCUUCCAAAAAUUAUCGGCACACACUAAGUUUAUUACAAAGGACAUAUAACGAAUUGUAA